GCACAUUUGGCAGUUCGAUCCUUCAUUUCUGUCGGCUGGCAGAAAAUGUUCAUAAUUUGACUGAAAAUUCUUAUUCACGACGAAUCUAUAUUAAUGGUGUACUUGUAGUGUUUUUGUACAGUGGUCUGGUAUACAUUAACCUGCCUGGAGCAGCGGUUAAGUUACAAAAAUGGCUUCAAGAGGUGGUGUUAUGGUAACAGGUACGAACGGCGCUGACUUCGAACAUAGGGAGAAAAUAGCGGCUCAGUAUCAAAUAAGUGCGCUCAACAAAUCUCGUCUGAAGUACUGUGUGUUCUUUCACCAUGUAUUGUUCUUUGUGAUGGUUGCCAAGCUCUCUGCAGACAUUUUGGACAAACUUGACAUAUUCAUACUGGAGAUUGAGGAACUACAGAUACCACAGCCCCUCUGGUGGGAGUACAUCUGGUGCCUGUCCCUUCUGCUGUCAUUUCUGGGCCUGUCUGCCAUCAAGCGCAACAACAUUCGGCAGCUGCGGCGCUACAUGUAUGGCAUUGGGGCACUGGGCUUCGGGCCACUGCUGUAUUGCGUCAUAUACUACUGUGGGGAUGUCUGGCGGUACCUUUCUAGGGAUGAAGAUGAAGAUGACAGCUCUGAGGUUGAGGUAGAGCUGUGGCAGGGCCUCCCUUAUGGCUUGCUGUGGUACGCGUUCGUGCUGUUGGCGUCGCAGGUGCACUUCUUCCAGCUGUACUUCUCCAUGAACCUGUUGAAGGCGUGGCGCGCGCGCGGCGCGCUCCGGAAAGCCGAAUAGGGCUCGAGGUGUUAGUGCGUGUGGACCCUCCGCGACCACGGACCGGCGACGGCUCCAGCCAUCAGGGGGUCAGGCGGACAGGCCUACUUUACCGGGACUGCGACUCCGCUGGGAACACUCACUUAACACCGUAUAUUAGGUAAUGUCUACUGACAGACAGAUUUUUGGGGCAAUUUACAAAGUUAAAUAUUUUAGUCAAAUAGUCCAACGGAAUGUCAGUAGUUAGUUUUUCUAAUUGUCGUUCUAAAAUAAGAGUUAACUUAAUGCUACUUAGUCAUCUAAUUUGGAAGUGAUUUAGAUGUGGGUGUAAAAUAUAUCUGCUGUAUAAUAUGUAAUGAGUGGUUUAAAUCGGAUCUAAAAAAUAUGCCAGAACAUGACAACAUAGGAUUAUAAACUCUUUAUGUCUAGUUCGUCUAGUUGUAGAGUUUCCAGAAGUUUUAUACAGUAUCAAAACUUUUAUUUGAAUCAUGGUCAUCAUGGUCUUCCUCUCGCUGUCCCGGCAUUUUUCCACGGCUUAUGGGAGCCUGGGGUCCGCUUGUCAACCCAGUGAUAGCGCUCCGAGACCAUGGGUAAUACUGAUACAAGUUUACGUCAUCAUCUGCCAAAUGUCGGCAAUGGGAUGGUAUAAUAUUAUACCAUCCCAUCGUACUCCCCAACCUAUGAAACCUAUGCGAAUCCUAUAAAACAAUUAUUUAUUGAAUAAUUACUACCUUACAAAUACUUGACGUAUUUUAUUUGCUACAUACGUUAUAAUUUAUAAUCGUUCUUUAGUGAGAUACAGGUAUUUACGAAAUGAUUAAAAACAAAUUUCUUCAUUAUUUUUUUAUUCCCACUAUAAAGAGGUAACCCGAAAUCACAUAAACUCAAUGUCAAAUCUGGAGCGCCACCUGAUUUUUCGUAUCUUGAAUUCAACUUGGACUUACAUAACUGAUCAUUACUUUAAAUGUAAGUUGGUCAGUCAUUGUUGAAGCCAUUUUCAAUCAAAUGUAUGCUAUUAUAUACACUGUCUCUGUCAGUACACAUUCUAUAAUUCCCAGACUGAUAAACACUUAGUUCUUUCUCAAAUCCCAACUGCGCUAAAUAGUACAGCUAAGCUUUUCCUAAAAGUCUAUUUUUCCCUGUUGUGGAAUAGUACAUUACGAUACAAGUGCGAAAAAUAGGAAAUUCGAAACGAGUGGCGAUAAAUUAAAACACGACUGAAGGGAGUGUUUUAAAUCGACACGAGUUGCGAAUUAUCUAUUCGCACAUGUAUCGUACAACGUUUUACAGUACAUAUGGCCCUUUAAAUGGUUGACACAGUAACGUAAUAUGCUAAAUGCGCACUAGUGCAGUAAAGUAGCACCAUAUGUACUGUAAAAUAAAAAAACACUACUGCCUGUGUGAAUGAGCGAGAGACGGAUUUACGAACACUGUCAAUUUUAUUGUAAGAAUGUAGCACUUGAUUUAAAAAGACGAAUCCAUGUAAAAUGUCUAUACCGUAAUGGUAUAAUAAUGUGUAACUGUUUGCAAUACUUUUGCGUUGUUUUUAUACUUGUUAUUUUAUUCGAUAUUUAUUUGUUUAAGACGUUAGAGUUUGUAAUAACCUUUCAAUAUUGAUAGGAUUAUAAUUUUUGGUUUGUUUUAUCCUAGCCAUUUUGUAAAUAAACUGUAAUACAAGGUAUAUUAGUAAGGUUAGCACGCCAUUGAUGAUUUUUUACUAGUUUAAGAUUAAAGCUUAUUAAACAGGUAUAGUAGUUGUAUUUUGGACGAAAUUUAUACGUCGUUAAAAAAACUUUUGUCUUCAUGCCCUCACUUCGUGGCUUGUUACUGGGUGGCGAAGGUGGCGUCACUUUUGUUUGACAUAUUAAGGAAAGAGAUGCAAAUAAUGCAACCCAAUAGCAACCAUGAAGUGAAUUGCCCGGGUCAAAUGAACCAAUUAUACUUAAUGCUAAAACUACAAAUCUCUUUAUAACGUUUAGGUCUACGGAUUGUAGGUACUCUAACUAUAUAUGAAAUACAAUUGUAUAUAGUGGAUACAGUUAUAAAAUUGUAGAUCGGUGUCUAUUUUAGAUAAAUAUUUAAAUUAUCUGAAUUUUAUUAGAUGUGAUAUUUAUGAAGCGCAAAUGACAUGAUAUUUUACUCUUACGCGAAAUUUAUGUCACUAAUUCUCAUAAUUAAUAUUUUAAUUAGGUAAUAGUUAUUGGUUGCCUACAUAUUCAAAGUUACUAAAAAAUAUUUUGCAUUGCAACAUUUAUAUAAAACACAAGUUACGCACUUAUAAAAAUAACAUUCUCCCUCACAAUAAUUUUCAUGCAUAUACUCCAUGAUAAUUUUGCAGUUUUGGUAACAUCUCGCGACCUGUUUCCAUUUUAAGCAUUAAGAAUACCCUGUAUUUUUAAUAUUAUUAAUAUGACUCACGACAGUAAAAAAAUUUCUCGCCGAAUAUUAAAAUGUUCGGCAUUUUGUCGGCUCAUUUUCUACACUACACGUACCUAAUUUUCAUUCAAACAAUUUUUAUGAUAUCAGCAGAAAAAAAAAUCUUAUUAAAAUAGGCCAAGUGCGAGUCGGAAUCGCGGAUGAAGGCUUCCGUGCUGAAAAAACGACAAAAAAAAACACGUUUUUUGUAUGGGAGCCCCACUUAAAUAUUCAUUUUAAUCAGUUUUUAUUAUUUGUUGUUAUGGCGGCAACAGAAAUACAUCAUCUGUGUAAAUUUCUACUAUCUAGCUAUCACGGUUCAUGAGAUACAGCCUGGUGACAGACAGCCAGACAGAUAGACAGAUGGACAGUGGAGUCUUAGUAAUAGGGUCCCGUUUUUACCCUUUGGGUACGAAACCCUAAAAAUUAGCCGACUUCACAACUCUUUGUCAGCAGUUCCAUUUUACCUAAUUGUAUCUACUUUGCAGAAGCAAAUUCAGGAGACAAAACCAUUAUUAGUAUAUUACUUGAAAGGUUCCCUUGAUUUCGUCAGGCUCCCAUCAUCAGACUCUGACGUGAUGCUAAUACGUCCAAUCCAACUGAAGUUAGACCCUUUAAAACAGAAACAAUAAGCCCUUAAAAACAAUAAGAAUUUUCCAAAUCAGUAGCGAUACAAAUUGAACUCUGCUCUGCGCUAGAAGGUCCUCAAACAUUUUUUUUUAAUUAGUAGGUAAAUCACUUAUGAAAAUUAAUUAUCUCGAUCGUUAUUAAUAGAAGUAAAGUGAAUUGAUUAAAUUUCUUAGUACAGUCGUCACAAAAUUUAACACAAUGCAUACAGUUUUACCCCCUUCCAUACAACAUGGCAAACCUUUGUUAAUUUGGUCUCUUUCUAACAAACACAAAUGUUAGAAUGACGGAUAAAAACAAACUGUUAUUAUCAGACUUGAUUGGCUGACUUGACUGAUAAAUAACGCCAUUAAAUUUUACCGCACCUGUAAUGAAGGCGAAAAAUGUGUGUACCUACCCAUAGGUGCAUACAUUGAAUGUCGAAUGUAUCUACUUAUUUAUUAGACCGCGAGCCAGAAAAAGAUUUCCAUGACCAAUCGCCUCUCGGGUGAAAACUCGUAUAGUGGUUAACGGCUAUGUAUGAUGAAAUUGAUGAACCCUCGUGGACGUUAGCUACUGCUCUGUUAGUGGGUGGAAUGGCAGCCAUUGAAACGCGUUAAAAAUUUAGUCAUCGCCCCCGUUUGAUACGAUAGAUAAUAGUUCAGAAGCUAUUGUUAAUUAAAAAAAUCGUCAGCCGGUUGUAUCGCGGCGGUAAGAACGUCAACUCAAAUCCUUUAUAAUUACAGGAUUUUCUACACAGCACAGAACUUGGCACCCAUAUAGAUCUCAAUUCUUUUGUCGGCGAGUCAACAACGACACAUAUUCUUAAUAUUGAACUUGGCUCUCAUUUCACAUUUAUGUUUUUGUUGGGUUUACACAAUUUACAUAUUACGCAUACUUUGCGGACAUGAAGUAGUAAGGCGCGUAUUUUUUAUAUGUUCAUGUGACCAGCCAGCUGACGGUCUUUCCACUGCGAUACACCCGGCUUACGGUUUUUGUAAAUCAUGAUAGCAUCUGAACUAUCAUCUGACAAAGUAUCAGCUGAGAGGCGAUGACUGACGAUAUAUGCUCCUGGCCUGCAGUCUAUUAAUAUCUAAUACUUUUUAAAGUAUUUCUAAUACUAACUGUACAAGUUGUAAGGGCCUAAUUCGAAUUAGGUUAAAUAAGAUGUAAAUAAAAAGUUAUGUUUUCCUCCGAUUUUAUUGGUGUUGUUUGUUUUGAGGUUUUCCUUAAACUUGUUUUUUCUAUGAAAAUAAAAUAUUUAAAAAAAUAC